GUUGGUAACGAAAAAACAAGAUGCAGAUAUGGUAUUAGUACGGUGUUGGAAAUUAAAGGAUGAGGUUGAGAGGGCAAAACUCAUAUAUGUUAAUAUUGAUUGUUGUAAAGGGAAUGAAAUGAAAUCUGUAACGCUGUUUGAGUUGCCGAUUCUAUCGCACACCUCAAUGACCGUUUAAUCGGUCAUUCCAUCGUGUGUUAUGUAAAACCUAUUUGUAAGCUCUCUCAUUUCCUUCUCUCUCUUUCAAGUUUCAAUCUCCCAUUUCCAUUCCCAUUGCCUUUCCUCGCUCGCAUUCUGCAACGUUACUUUCAUUGCAUCGUUUAGGAUGGGUAGGGUAAAGCUGAAGAUAAAGAAGCUGGAGAACAUGAAUGGGCGUCAAGCAACAUAUGCUAAAAGGAAGAAUGGAAUUAUCAAAAAGGCUACAGAGUUAUCUAUUCUUUGUGAUAUUGAUAUUAUACUUCUCAUGUUCUCACCAACUGGAAAACCUUCUUUGUGUAGAGGCAGGCGAAGUAACUUUGAGGAGGUUAUUGCAAAGUUUUCUCAACUAACUCCACAAGAAAGAGCAAAAAGGAAGUUGGAGAGUCUUGAGGCACUGAAAAAGACAUUUAAGAAGUUAGAUCAUGAUGUAAAUAUACAAGAAUUUUUGGGUACAAGUAGUCAAACUAUUGAGGACCUAAGUAAUCAAGCUAGGCUAUUACAGACUCAAAUUUCUGAAACACAGAAGAGAUUAAGUCAGUGGAAGGAAUUUGAAAAAAUCAAUAAUGUGGAACAACUUGAACAGAUGGAAAAUUCAUUGAGAGAUUCAAUCAAUCAAAUUCGAAACCGUAAGGAACAUAUUAAAAACCAACAGCUUGUGUCACUGCAAUGCAAUAACCAGUUCAAUGAAAUGCAUAUUCCGUUUAGAAUGGGUACUGAGCAGCAUCUCCAACCUCUACCAUGGAUUGGUAAUGGUGACAGCCCAAAUCUAGUUUUACCUGAUGACUCUAGCUUGCUUCUCCACAAAGAUGUAGAGGGAUCUGCAAGCUCAUCAUUUGGGAGUUAUGCAAGUUACAUUGGAUCAAGUAGUAAAACAGAUAUUUCAAACUCAGGGCAAGAAAAUGGUGUCCUAAGUGAUUUGAGCAGCACUACUGCUCCAUUGAGACUCCCAUUGAAUAAUGGACAUCAGUUUCCAUACAUGCCAUCAUACAAUUUCAAUUUGCUGAAUGAUUUCAAGUUCCAAGCAGCUCCAGAGAUGAAUCAUCAUCAUAAUCAGCCACAAGAAAACCAUAAUUUAAGUUUUCAUCAUCAUGUCAACAAUGGAAACUUUGAAGCCCCAAGGAAUGCUUAUGACUCCAAUCACCACCACCACCAUGGUUGGGCUUCCACUUCAGGGCCUUGUGCUGUUACUAUGUUUGAUGAGCAUUUGUAUGCCCAGCAACCAAACUGAUUCAUCAUGGAUUUUGCCAUCUGCCUUGUAAUGAAUUUGCUAAAGAAUUAUCAGUCACCCUUGAUAACCUUAGCAUCCUCAAAGAUUUUUCCACAACAGAUGUGUUUUUUAUAUGCAGACAUAUAUAAGAAACAACAAACCAAUUUUUAAAAUGUGGCUUAGCUUCCUAACAGCAGGUAAGCCUAGCUUGAUGUCAUUUACUCACUUAGGCAAUGUUUGAUAAUUAAGACAAGACAGGGCAGAACAUUUUUUAUAUCUCUUGGUUUCUGUUUCUGUGUCUUGUUUCAACGAUCAAACACAGCCUAAUUGUGUUGAGUUAAUGCUGAGGCAGAAGAAUGUUACACUAGAUCUUUUUAAUAAUUACCAAUAGUAGGUUCUAUUGGUGUUGUUGCUUCCACCUUGUCUCUUAGGUGUGAAGGUUACCUAUGGCCUAAAGAAUCACAUUUCUUCUCCCUCAUACAGUCAAUACUUGUAUAUAUAAGAUCACAUAUAGCAAAAACUAGUAAUUCAGUCUUCUGGAUAUGCAUUUUUGCCCAAAACUCA